GGAGGUCGCGGAAGCCGGCCGGGUGGUGCGCUGGGCAUUGUUCUGCAAAACUCGCGGAUCGGUGGGGCUUGAAGAUAUGGGGAACACACUGUUGCCGUACUACCAGAGCCGGGAGCCAGUCGGGCCGCGGCCAGAGACCGUCGGCCUGCUCGACCUGCCGCUGCUGGUGAUGGAGAAGAUCUCUGAGUACCUGUCGGCAGAGGACGUCUGGCAGCUGGGAGCCACGUGUCGCCAGCUGAGGGAGCUCUGCACAGACGACAAGCUGUGGCGGGACCGGAUCCUGCGCGAGGCGCGCACGCUCGUGCUGGACGAGCUGAGCGCCGAGCAGGUGCGCCACCUGCACCAGCGGCACGCCGUCGCCAUGACCGUCCGACACCCGCGCCUCCGGCAGCCGCACCUACACUGGGCGGCGGUGCGGCCGCGCAAGAGACGCGAGACUCUGAGUCGUGGGGCGCUGCUUGACUCGUGGGCGCUCAUCACGGACCUGCUCACCGGGCGGAGCGCAGCCGGGCCGCCGCCGCGCGGCCUCGCGCCCCGGCUGCUCAUGUACGGCUCAGGUCUGGAGAACAAGAGCGUGCUGCGUCGCAUGAUGAUGGAGAAGGUGGAAGGCCUGCAUGUCCAUUCGCUGGUCCCCAGUACGCACCGGGGCGUCGGCGCCGGCGUGCGGUUCCGCUUCUCGGACGACGCGACCUUUGACCUGGUGACCUUGUACUCGAACACGUGCGAGGUGCGCCGCCGUCGCACGCUGGGCGGCGCCGCCUCCCAGACGCGGCUGUACGCCUCGGUCGAGGACGGCGGCCGGCUGAAGAUGGAGCCGUUCGUGCUGGAGCUCGUGCGCCACGCCGACGGCGUCGUCCACGUGGUGGAGGCGUCGGCGCAGAAGACUGACUAUGGGUUUGAGUCGGCCGAGCUGGCGGCGAUGCAGGAGGUGAUGACGGAGGCGGCGCGGCCGCUGCCGCUGCUGACGCUGCUGCUGUGCAGCGAGCCGGCCGGCGCUGUGCCCCGACACCUCGGGUGGCAGGUGGAGCGGAGCAUGGCCACGCCGCACGAGGGACCUCAGGCGGUACUGACCACGUGCGUGUCCACUCUGGAGGACGUGGCGCGUGGCUUCAGCUGGAUCACGUCCGUGUGCCGCCAUGAGCUGCGCUCCAGCCGCGCCGCCGCCGCCAGAGUCGAGCCGGCGGAGUUCGCCUUCGGCCACGGCGCCGCCGCCCCGACGCCGCCCACCUGAGACUGGCGCCGCUGCGUCGGCCGCUGUGGGGAGGAGCCCUCGCCCCACCGGAGCCGGACCGCCCGACCCCGGCAGCUAAGGCAGCUGUCGGAAGACCAGAUGUAGCUUUGGCAAUGGGGAAUGGGAAUUGUGUUGUGUUCUUAUGAAUUAUGUUGAAGCGGCAGGGACCAGCAGUCUGGGCAGGCUCUGUGGGCUCCACGGGAGGCUGACCGGGCGCUGGGUGCUGUCUGGGAGCCCAGGCUGUCUGUCAUCCCCGGUCCUUGCCGAGCAUGGCCGAUGUCGCCGGUUCAUGAUGCUCAGUUGGGUCAAGUUGACUCGGAGUAACUUAAAGUAAGUCGUGAGACGUGGGGGUCGAGUCGUAACUCGAAAUGGAGUGACCAUUAUUGUGGGCUGAGUCAUGCCGCGGAGUCUCAUUGACUCAGAGUCGUGAGAAAUAUCGACCCCAACUUGAGACUGGCUACUGCUCGAAGUCCAAUCGAGUCUCUGAGGCGACCAAGCGGAGGUCCGUGGGCAGACAGCGGCCUUGGCGACAGGCCCCGCCCCUCAGCCGCCUGGAGCAGCUUCAGGCGGGCCCGGUCUGCCGUGGUUUCCGAGGGUCCACAGGUGACGUGAAGAAGGCCCCGCUCCGAGGCCUCCGGAGGCCAGUGAUGACGCCGCGGCUGGGGCCUGCCUGUGUCGCCACGCGGUGAGCAUUCGCCGUUAGCGCGGCGGGGCCACAUUGUGCAUUUGCCUCGUGCGGAAUUCUGUCUUGCUAAGUGAAAACCAAGGGAGGGUGCUUUCGGCAAGGACCCUUGCCUUUAACAAGAUUUGAGGAAGCAAUUUUCUAGUCAUAGAAAUGCUAAUGUGGUUAUUAUAAGGCCUCUAGCGACUUGCCGCUGGUUAUUGUGUUGGAGGGGAUGUCUGCUGGGCUGAACGAUUUUAGUUUGAGGGAGAACUUGACGGGUGGCUUUGUUCCGCGUCACAAUGUCUCGCUGGGCAUCGCCUGUUCGCUGUGUUCAAAAGCCGCUCGAGCGUUGUGAAAUAUACCAUGUGCGUAGAAAUGGAGCCGGUUGAAACGAGUGGGGGGG